GACUAAUAGCAAGACUCAAGAGGAUGGCGAAUAAUUCAUUUCAAAACGUAAAAACUGAAAUAUUAAUCAGUGAAGACCUCAACGAAUUUAAUACAGAACUGAUUAUUAUUAAAAAUGAAACAUUUGAUGCAAGUGAUUCAAUAAAAUAUGAAGAACCAUUUGAAAAAGCACAUGGAGCUGCAAUUAAAGAAGAAAUACUUGAAGAAACUGAUAUUAAAAUGGAGAAUAAACGAAUUAUUUUGAGUGAUCCAUUAUUCAACAACAACGAUGAACGCCAAUUAAAUGAUUUAAUUAUUAAAGAAGAAAUAUUUAAUGAAAAUGAUUUAGAAUUUCAUUCGACUAAAAAUGAAGAAACAUCUUUGACGUGUGAAGUGUGUGAUAAAACUUUUAAUAGAAAACAACAUUUAACUGAUCAUAAACGAACUCAUACUGGUGAAAAACCAUUUUCCUGUGAAGUGUGUGAUAAAUCAUUUACUAGCAAAAUCAAUUUAAUUCGACAUAAACGAACACAUACUGGGGAAAAGCCUUAUUCGUGUGACGUGUGUGACAAAACAUUUACACAGAGUAGUAAUUUAAUUGCACAUAAACGAACUCAUACCGGGGAAAAACCAUUUUCAUGUGAACUGUGUGAUAAAACAUUUUCUUGCAAAACCGUUUUAAUAAAACAUAAACGAACUCAUACAGGAGAAAAACCAUUUUCUUGUGAAACUUGUGAUAAACAUUUUAGUCAAAAAUCAAUUUUAAUUGAACAUAAACGAACACAUACUGGCGAAAAACCUUAUUCUUGUGAAUGGUGUGGUCAAAAAUUUGCACGGAAAAGCUAUUUAAGUAGACAUGAACGAAUUCAUACUGGUGAAAACCCGUUUUCAUGUGAAGUGUGUGAUAAAUCAUUUAAUGAUAAAAGCGCUUUAAUAAAACAUAAACGAACUCAUACUGGAGAAAAGCCAUAUUUAUGUGAUAUAUGUCAUCUAUCAUUUUCGCAGACAAGCAGUUUAGCUAAACAUAAACAAAUUCAUGCUAGGGAAAAACGUUAUGAAUGUGAAACUUGUGAUAAAACGUUUACUCAAGAAAUCAAUUUAAUUCUACAUAAACGAACUCAUACUGGA